AUGACGGUGACGCUCAGCCCCGCCCCCGCCGGGGUGGGACAGGUGCGCGUGGGCUCCCCGCAGGCGCUGGGCGCGGUGGCGGCCGCCAUGGGCGGGGCCCGGGCGGGGGCGCUGUGGUCUCUGGGGGGCGGGGCCGCGGCGGGGGAGGGGCCGCAGGUGGAGCCGGUGGCGCUCAGCCCCAGGCACCGGGCGUGGGUGGACGCCUGCGCCCGCCUCUUCGGGGGCGUCGACAUCUGCGGGGUGGAGGCGCUGCGGGAGCCCGACGGGCAGGAGCACAUCGUGCAGGUGCUGGGCUCGUGGCUGCCGCUGCUGGGCCCGGGCGCGGCCGAGGACCAGGCGCAGAUCGUGGAGCUGGUGCUGGAGCGGAUGCGGGAGGAGCUGCCCCGCCCCCGCAGCCCCUCCCCCGCCCGGCCACGCCCACAGGGGGCGCCCGGCGGCGCGCGGCGGUGA